CAAGCAAAGACACCGCCAAGACUGCACGACGGGGGCAACUUCGAGUCCUAUGACCUACGCGCAGCCGAACACCUAGCACACCUCAUCACCAUGAGCGGCAGGCUCGUGACUGCACGUCUCACGACACUUGCGCGCCGAACAGCACUGCACACCCCACGCCUAUAUACGACACAUGCGCUGCCCGCAGGCGGUCUGCUACGAAACGAAGCUGGCCUCCGCCUCAUAAAGCGACGACCAUGGCCACUCGGCAGCUAUGCGCUUCACAAUCUCCCUGCAACACGGUCGAUAUCCUUCGCACGGGUAGUACCUAAGCUCGUCACCAAGCUCGCGACAGCUGGUGCAGCUGCAGGAGGCGCUGUCAUUGCGGGCGUCUCGUACAUCCAAUAUCAAGCUGGCCAGGCAGGAAGCUUUGCCAUCGAUAUCUUUGGCCGCGCAAAAGAUGGCGUGAGCACCGUCGCAGGCGGCGCGCUCGAUACCGUAAACGGCUUCUUCGACCAAAUUGACCAAGGCUGGCGCAAGACGAAGGACGACUUGGAGAAGGCAGAUUACCCCGAAUGGCUGCAAAAGCUGCUCGCCACGGAUGAGUCUGGGGGAGCUGGAGGCAGCAAUGGCGGCGGACAAGGACCCGAAGAGCCCAAGAAGAGCGGUGCUAGUACUGCGGCGGCAGGUGCUUCGACAGCAGCGGCUUUUGGAUACGGGCAAGAAGACGGCGAAGAUAAGCAGGAGGCGGAGAAGAUCGCACGGGACGAGCAGAUGAUGAUGCUCACCAAGAAGAUGAUCGAGAUUCGCGGGCUGCUGCAGACGGUUGGGCAGUCAGAUUCGCUGACACUGCCGUCGAUCGUUGUCAUUGGUUCUCAGUCUUCAGGAAAGAGCUCGGUCUUGGAGGCUAUCGUUGGACACGAGUUCCUCCCUAAGGGCCACAACAUGGUCACGCGGCGCCCGAUCGAACUGACGCUCGUGAAUACACCCGACGCGCAAGCCGAAUAUGGAGAGUUCCCUGCGCUGGGGUUGGGGAAGGUCACAGAUUUCAGCCAGAUCCAGAGAACACUGACGGAUCUGAACCUGGCUGUGCCUGCGUCCGACUGCGUUUCGGACGAUCCUAUCCAACUGCGCAUCCACUCACCGAACGUACCAGACCUCUCGUUGAUCGAUCUGCCCGGAUACAUACAGGUUGUGGGACGGGACCAGCCCCCAGCGCUCAAGGAGCGCAUCUCGCAGCUGUGUGAGAAGUACAUCAGGGCGCCCAACGUUAUCCUUGCCAUCUCAGCAGCGGAUGUGGAUCUGGCGAACAGUACUGCGUUGCGAGCGUCGAGGAAGGUCGACCCACGCGGCGAGAGGACGAUUGGAGUCAUCACCAAGAUGGAUCUCGUUGAGCCUGAACGCGCCGUCAGCUUGCUGAACGACAAGAAGUAUGCUCUGCGACUUGGCUACGUGGGUGUCAUAUGCCGUGUGCCAGCCGGUGCAGGUGGCGGCAAGCUGUUCCACCGCGGCAGCGGCAACAUCCAAAAUGCCAUUGCGAAGAACGAGAACGCAUACUUCAGCUCGCACGCUGAGUUUGCACCCGAAGCUCAGCUCGAUGUCGGCACGAGUAACCUCAAGAAGAAACUUAUGCACGUGCUCGAGCAGACCAUGGCAGCCAGUCUAAAGACAACGAGCGAAGCCAUCCAGCGCGAGCUAGCCGAAGCGACAUACGAGUUCAAGGUCCAAUACAACGAGCGCCCACUGAGCGCCGAGUCGUACCUCGCCGAGUCUCUCGACGGCUUCAAGCACUCCUUCCGGGGCUUCACAGAGUCCUUUGGCCGCCGCGAGGUCCGCGAACUCCUCAAGCACGAGCUAGACCAACAAGUCCUCAACAUCCUCGCCCAGCGCUACUGGAACCGCCCGUUCGACGACCUCAGCUCUCCCUUCCCCGAAACCGAUCCCCUCAGCAGUCUCGCGAAGGCGGAUCCUGAAGGCGAAGACUCGAUCUGGAAGAUCAAGCUCGAUAGCUCCAGCGCCGCAUUAACCAAACUCGGCGUAGGCCGUCUCGCAACCAGCGUCGUCGCAAACGCACUCCAAAGGAACAUCGAGUACCUCAUCUCCAACUCGCGCUUCGCAGCGCACCCCUUCGCGCGCCAAGCCAUCACCGAAGCAUCGACAUCCAUCCUCAAAGACCUGUCCUACGAUAUCUCAGAUGAGCUGGAGAUCUGCAUCAAGCCGUACAAAUACCGCAUCGACCUCGAAGACAACGAGUGGGCUAAGGGCCGCGAGAACGUCACUGCCGUGCUGAAAGAAGAACUCAAGGUCGCGGAAGCAGCGAGCAAGCGCCUCGAAGAGAUGAUGGGCGGACGCAAGAAGGUCAAGGAUGUGAUGUCUUUCAUCGACCGCGUGCGUAGCGGACAAGUCGUUCUCGAAGGUGAUGGUGUGGGUGGUGCUGGGGGGUUCAGCCAGGCGCUGUUGUCGAAAGGAAGGGAAGCAGUCUUCCUCCGCGACCGCGUCGACGUCCUAAAACUCCGCAUCCUCGCCAUAAAAUCCAAACAAUGCGCCACUCGCAAGAACAAAUACCACUGUCCCGAAGUCUUCCUCGACGCCGUCGCAGACAAACUCACCACCACCGCCGAUCUCUUCCUCGACGCCGAGCUACUCUCGAAAUUCUACUACCAGCUCCCCCGCGAGCUUGAUGCGCGCCUAGGCAGAGGGUUGAGUCAGGACGAGAUUGACCGCUUCGCCCGCGAAGAUCCAAAGAUCAAGAGGCAUCUGGAUGUUGUUAGAAGAAAGGAUCUGCUCGAGCAUGUGCUCAAGGAGAUGGAAGGAUUGAGGCAGCUUGAGGCGAGGGAGAAGAGGGCGGUCAGCAGGAGGGAGGAGAGGGAGAGGAUGAAGAAGCAGGGCGGUGGGUGGAGUUUGUUCUAGAGGCGAAGGCAUCGUGGGAAUGGUGGGAUGGGUUUGUGUGUAGGUUCUACUAUUGGGCAUAGAUUGCAUGGUGCUUGGGCGUUAAGAUACCACGAGAG